AUGGAGCCUCAUGAAGCGCAGGGCCGGAGAGCAUCGAAUUCCAUCAUGCGCAGUCCCCGCCAGAGCAGGCCAAGCCAAGGCAGGAAGCGGCUUGUAUUCGCGGAUCCGAUUGCGUUUCGGUAUCUAGAAGAAGAUCCCGCUACCGACGCUAUAGAGAGAUGGAGGCGACUACAAGGAUACGAAAUGUACCUUAUAGAGCAGUGGGCAUGCUCAAGAACCCAUCCGACUUUUGUCAUCUGUACCUAUACUGGCGACCCUUCACAUUCUAUCGUCGUCAAUGUCCUCUCGGUGCCGAGUGACGAGAGUUAUUGGUCCCCUAGACUCCAGAUCUACUUCCAAGCUGUUUCGCAGUUUCAUGCCAAGGAGAAGGAGACGCCUUUUGGGACGCUGAUGGUCACCAACCUAAGCGGAUUCCCCUCUGCCCUCACGGUCAUCGCUGUGCCGGAUGGUGAGGUCAGGAAGCACAGGGAUGAUUUUAUUGUUAACGAAAACCUCAAGCGAAUGGGCUGCUCUGGAAGAGCGGCUAUCAGCCUGCAGCCGCCUCAACCGAGCACCAUUGCCAAAUUCCAUCACCUAUACCGCACUAGCGAGACUAUACCUCUCUAUCAAUCGGUCAUGGAGCUUGUGCGUAUCUGUCAAACGGCGCUGGUAAUGUACGAUAAGCUCCAACCGACCUAUGCGGAUGGGCUCCUGUGCGAUGUCACAGAGAGAGCCAUUAACGAUUGGUGGACUGACAUAGGAACCUACUUCUACAAUGUGGAGCCCAGUGAUGGAAUAUUGGGACCGACCACGGUGGCAGCCCUACUUGGCCUCCUGAUUGGAGCAUACAACAGAUUGAAGGCCUUUGGAUCUUCAGUUGGAAAAGACAUACUAGAUACGGUAUCAAUGAAGAGAGCCGUGGGCCAUUUCCAAAAGGGUCAGAAGAUGGAAAAAACACGACGCCUUGAUCGCGAGACACUUGACCGUCUUCAUAGAGCCACAGCCAAGAACGCCAGCGGCGAAGGUUGGACUGUACCUAAGUCUGUCAAAUCUACAGUCGCCGAGCUCAGCGGCAAGGGUGGGGAGAUGAUGAUGGGUAUUGUUGGAGCCCGUGACAAGGCUGGAAUUUCUGAUGCCGAAACACUGGACAUUGAUCGGUUUGCUCAACUUGUGACAGGUCCACGGAUGAAAUGGCUGUGGCAUGGGAAAGCCCUGAAGUCGGGGGAUGCGUUUCUUACUCCUUCCGAGGACCUCGGUGGGAGGGUAUUCGGCACUGACGAUCAAGGCAAUUUUCUUUGGAUGAGCAAUCACCAGGAUUCAAUUUCUGAUGGAGGGCUCCUUGAACGUACCGACACAGCGUACAGCAACCAAACACAUGACCUCAAAGCCGUCCGGAGCCGCCCUCGAGGACCAGCAGGUGGUGUCAAAUCUCAUAGUUUGCGACAUUCUAGGGAUGGCCAGGAGACUCUUGAACUUGUUGAAACAUCCGCGUCAAUGGCUUCUAAACCAUCCAAAGAUCAUACCCUCAUACCAGAUCACGCUAUGCGUCCGGUAGGACUGCCACGGCAGAGGGCCCCGGCAGCAUUCGACCUGGCGCUGGCGAAUGCAGAAGUGACUUCGCCGCAAAAUUUACGCGGCCAACCUCUCCAAGAAGUGCAAAAGAACGCCGAGAAAGAGAUUCCCUCUCAUCGGGAGCAGUUAAAGCCUGUCCUACCUGGCGACUCUCCCGGACGGAAGAAGCUGAAAGCUGAGAUGGCCGAACUGCGGAAUGAAUUUGCCUCCGAUGCCUACAGAAAAUUUUCAGCUGGAAUGCCAUACAAAGGACUUGAGAGCCGAGCCCUUCGUCGGUCACAGAGUGCUGUUCAACUGGCCAAUCUUGGCCCGAAUAGCCGUCGGCAGACCCGUAUCAAGCGCCAGCUGUCUUUCAGCAUCGUCGAGAAUGCCGUACUGGAUUCAGGGUUAAAUUUUAUGGAGGAGGGUAUUGCAAAGGGGAAAUUAGAAGGCGAUCUCACCAACGCUCUCGUCGAGCGUGAUACUUUGGUGGCUGCGGCUCAGAGGAAAGCAAAUCGAAUCCAGAGGAUUCAGCAAGGUCUAAUCCCCUACACCGAAAACAGCGUUGCCCAUGUUGAGAGCCUUGAGGGACACGCACAUCAGCACCUGGAGCAACUCAAUGAAAUGUAUUACCAUCGGUUGGAGGAAUACCAGAGCCUUCAGGCAACUUCGUCGGACCUUGUCUCACAAGAAAAAAAUGCAGUGGCCGAGGGGUUUCGCCGGAUCGAAAUGCUGGGUGCGAAGAUGGACUACGAGCUGGAUUCGCUGCAGUCUCGCCUACAAGAGGUUGAAGACGGCGUUGAUGACUUUGAGCGGAGUGUGGUCGCCAUUGAAACCAGAGUAAAGGAACUGAUCGGUGGCGAAAAGCAGAAUGCUGUCCCCUGGAUCCAGAGGCUAUUCAGUUUCAGAAAAUCCCGGAAAUAG